GAUUGAUUCUUUAAUCCGUGUAAAGGCCGUUUCGCUUCUUCGGACAAUUGAUUCCAUUUGCAACUUACUUUCUCUAACUGUGAGAAAUAAUUUAUCAAACAUUUGUGUAGUUCCUUUGCCAUGUCGUCUAUAGAAACUUAAAUAAAGUGAAAGGGUUUUGGUACUGACGUAGACGGUCCUGGCUUGGUUUUCUCGUGCCAUUCCGCUUUCACAGGGGAGACUGACGGAGAUACCCGAACGAACUUUCGACUAAGCGGCACGAUGCGCACGCAUCCGACAGUAUCCCUUGCGCGUUCGGUGGGGCUCGGUAAUGGUCGGAGAGUAUUUGGCCGGUUCGUUCUGUCGAGCCGACAGCGAGCACAGUAGAUUGUCGACCGACAACCCUUUCGCGUGCGAACAUGUCUCGCCGCGGUUGAACAAGAAUUCCCUUUUUUUUCUUCAUCGUUUUUUUUUUACCCUGUUACAUCUGUUACGAUUUAAACGUUAAUAUAAACAGUGCCAAAAAAAAGUAAAGCACAUCGUAUAGAACGUCUCGCACCUGCCGAUACGUAUCGACGUUUCGUGGUUAGCAGUGUGUGACACGUCGAGCCGUGUCUAUUGUCUCACUCUCUUUCCACAUAUAUAUAUACAUUUCCCCAACCCUCUCUGUCUCUUUUACCUUUUUCUCUGUUCGUGAUUACUCGGAAAAAACAUGGAUGAGGCCAAUGGAAAAAUGCGAAGCAAACACGAGGACGUUGAUGCUGCGUCCCUCAGUGCCGACAUCCUGAACCCCUUCGUGCAUCGUCUCGAGCUCGACACAACCUACGACAAGCUCAAGACGGCAUUCCUGACUGUGGCUCUCCUACCAUUCAGACUAGCUGCAAUUACGGCUCUGGUGAUCAUGGCCUGGCUUUUGGCUUGUCUAGGCCUCCUUGGAUUGUCCGAGGAAGAUCUUCGACGCGCACCUUUGACGGGGUGGAGACGAGACAUGCGAAUCGUGAUCUGCUGGAUGAUGCGAGCAUUGUUCAUCUGCGGUGGAUUUCAUCACCUGAAGGUCAAAGGUCGUAGAGCAGAAUCAAAGGAUGCCCCCGUGUUAGCCCUAGCCCCGCAUUCAAGCUUCUUCGACGCACUUCCGGUUGUUUACCUCGGCGGACCGAGCAUCGUCGCCAAAGCGGAAAUCGGGCGCAUUCCUUUUUUCGGAAAACUUAUCAACUAUACGCAACCAGUCUAUGUUUGGAGAGAAGAUCCGAAUUCACGACAAAAUACGAUUAAGGAAAUUAUCGAAAGGGCUACUUCGAAAGAGGAUUGGCCACAGGUGAUGAUUUUUCCCGAAGGUACUUGUACAAAUCGAUCGUGUCUUAUUACUUUCAAAUCGGGAGCAUUUUAUCCCGGUGUUCCUGUUCAGCCUGUUUGUAUCAGAUAUCCUAAUAAAUUAGACACUGUAACGUGGACCUGGGAAGGUCCUGGAGCAUUAAAAUUAUUGUGGCUUACGUUGACACAAUUGAAUAGCAGUUGUGAGAUAGAGUUCCUCCCCGUUUACAAACCAAGCGAAGCCGAGAAAACAGAUCCUAAACUUUAUGCAAAUAACGUACGACGUCUUAUGGCUGAAGCAUUACAAAUUCCUGUAUCAGACUAUACGUAUGACGAUUGUCGAAUUAUUAGCAAAGCUCAUCAACUACAUAUACCACGGGCAUCUACCAUAGUCGAAGCUCAUAAACUUCGUAACAAACUUGGUUUGGUAUCGACAAAAAUGGAAGAAGAAUUAGUUCAAAAGAAAACGGAAAGAUUUAGCGAAGAAGUUAAUUUACAUGAAUUUGCGCAAAUUCUUAGAAUAGAUGCAAAAGAAUCUGCUACUCAACAACUGUUUCGAAUACAUGAUAGACAAGGAAAUGGUAAAAUAGAUUUGGAAGAAUAUUUAUUCACGGUACUAGCCACGACAAACGCAAAUUCGGAGCUAGACAAAGUUGAAACAGCGUUUGAAGUAUGUGGCACAAAAUCAUUAUCGUGUAUUAAUAAAAUGGAAUUAAGAAAAGCUUUAAAACUCUCGCUAAAUGUGCCACUGGAAGAAUCUGAUAAAAUUUUUCAGAAUGCAAAAAUUGAUUUUGCCGAUACGACAGUGAAUUUUGAAUUCGUUUUAGCCGCACUAGCAGCAAGAACAGAAUAUUCUCAUAUAUUCGCUGGAAAUCCUGAAACGAGGAAAAAAAAUAUUUGAGAGUAUUUCAUCAACUCGUUCCAUGUUCAUCGAAGAUACAGGACGCAUCGUGUUUGUGGCAGACCGCUUCUUAAUCAGAUAUGUGCUAGUCCUGUGUAAAUUUGUUCCAUUCUUGCUGAUAUUACUAUCUUCUCAACGACUAAAUAGCCAUUCAUUGUUUAGUAUUAUAUUAUCGUUGACGAAGCAAGAAAUGUUGUCUUCGUGAAAACUAAGAAAAUCAUAUAUGGAACGAGAAAUAUCUAUAGAGAUUAUUAGAAUCGUACUGAGCAAACAUAUAAAUAGAAAAGUUUUUCGUACGAAUAAAGUCAAUUUUUAAAAGGAGUGCAAAAAUCCAAAAUAAAAAAUAAAAUAAAAAAGAAAGAAGAAUGAUAUAUAUUUAUUAUUUAACUUGUAUUCUAAUAAUUUCUUAUUUACUAUAAUUUUAUUUAUAAAAAUAAAAAUUUUUAUAUCAUAUUGUUUUUUUCAUAAUGAAAAUAUACGAUUAUAAUUACAGAAAUGCGAAAAAAAUAAAAUAUUUUUUAUGAUCUUUUUUAUUUUAUUUAUUAUGUAGUUCAUACGCAUAUAGUAGUCGUGAUGUUGUUUCGUUCGAAUAACAAGGCAUAAUAAAAAAAAAAGUACUAUGUAUUUUCAUUCACAGAUAUACACUUAUCGUUAUUCGCAUAGAGUUUAUUGCAAAAAUUUCCUCCCUUUCAAAGUUAUCACGUUAAAAUUUAAAGUCAUGUAAAUAGUAUUAUAUCGAAGGUUUCUUAGACGUAAGCAUAUGCAGAUUCCCUCCUCGUAUUAAAAAUUACAAAUUGUCCAUGCAAAAUAAAAUUAGUUUUAAAAUUAUCUAGAUUGUUCAGGGUACUGAUUAAUUAAUUUGAAGGCUAUUGAAUGUUCCAUGCGUUGUAUUGUAAUAAAGUGUAUGGUUAAUAA